CUUCCGGCAGAGCAUUUUCCUCAAACUGUUCGCUACGCAUCUCUUUACCAAAAAGCGCCCAUUGACUUAAAACACCAAUCAUUUAAAUUUGCUUUUCAUCUUUUUAAUUUCUAUAGAACUCGAUUUGAAUACGAUUUUUUAUUGAGUGACAUCUUUUCGCUACAGUUUUUUUUCCAUUCAUUUUUGACUUUUAACCAAAUAUUUACAAGGAUAAAACGUUUUUGGAAGACCUGAAUUGCCUGGACAGCUUUUAAGUGUUACCUCUUCUGUUUUUUUUUGGAGAAAGGAUUCGUCUUUUUCUUAAGAAUGAAACAACCCACAGAGAUGAACCAUUUGAACGCUUAUCCAGAAGAUGACAACUCCAGCAGUAACAGCAAUGACUACGAGUACCAGGACAAGAAAGUUCCACUGGGAGGCCCUUACAGCUCAGACUUAGAAGCAGAAAUUCAGAACUUUCUUCCUGAAGGAAAGAAGAAGUAUGAGACAGAAUAUCAUCAGGGCAAUGCCUCUUUUGGCAUGUCAGUAUUCAACCUGGGAAAUGCUAUCAUGGGCAGUGGGAUCCUCGGACUGUCGUACGCCAUGGCCAACACUGGCAUUGCACUAUUUGUGUAAGUAAACAAUACAUUUAUUUAAAUAAUAUCAUAUGUUUACAUAGUUUACCUACAUUCAACAUUAUGUGAGCAAUACUACCAAAAUAUAGAAAGUUAACUUAAGACGUCAUUGUAAUUGUAGAUAUGUUGGGACAAAAUGAAAACUUAAAGAGCUUUAAAAAGUUUCAAUUGUCUCUUAAAUUAAUGGCAGUAACAAAGCUAAAAUAAAAACACAGUAUAAAAGGACUUAAAGUACAUAAAAUUCAGAACAAACAGUUCAAACUGAGCAAUUUGUAGAUUUCCCUGCAUUACUACAUUCAAUAGUUGCUUCAAGUAUCUGAAUGGCAACCACGUGGGCCAUAUUUUCACUUUGGGACUCCCCCCAAGCUUUCAUCAUAGAACUA